AUGAACAAGAUUAGGGACGCGAUUAUCGAAAUAGAGAGCGGAAGCACCACAUCACCGAUCACUACUCAAGUACCUGUAUCAAUAUCCCAGGCGGCUAUCCCUUCAUUUAACGUCGUCAAUAAGCAUGGCGAAGCUAACACAUCGGGGUCAAAUGCUCAAACAUCAUCAUCAUCAUCAUCAUCAUCAUCAUCCACGGCCACUACAGCAGACCUAACAGUAGUACAUAUACCAGACACCCCUCCAAAAACAACAGUUGAAAAUUUGCCUCAAACCACUUCCCUUACAAGACCUAAUCAAGAUGUCACACACGGUGUUGAUACUUCAGGGAAGAAUAGUGAUACCUUUAAAGCAAAAAUUCCGCUCCAGCGGUCAUCUCCGCUAUUAAUGUCGGUACAGUCAGUACCGCCUCCUGUCAACAUCAGUAGCCCUUCGGAGCCACCCACGCUCACACCCACGUCACCACGCUCUGCCAGCAACUUGCCUGAGAAAUUCGAGCGCCGUCGGGUCCUAUCAGCCAGUACCGAUCUUUCCAUGACUUCGGAUCCUGAUUCCAGAAGAAUGUCUAUGUCGCCAGUAGCAGAAGGAUGGAAAGCGAUUAAAAUGGAGCCAAUUGAUGUAGAUUCUGUUCCAGCUAAGCCAACUAGUAAGGAAAUUAGAUCACGAGUCCGGUCAGACGACGUAUCCAUGAUGUCUUCUAGUUCAUCAGUUGUAUCAAAUGCGCAUUCGGGCAGGCUGGACUUGAUAGCUAGAUCAGGAGACAAGCAAAUUGCCUCUGAUAGCUCAACCCACCACAAAUCUACCAUGGAUAUUGAUACAAAUCAGGAAAACACUCCAGGUGUGCAAGAUCAAAGACCGUUGCAGAGCUCGACUUCACAUACAGGUAAUCCUUUUACCAACGGCGUCUCAUCUAUUUCAAAUCUUAGCUUUCCACCUACAAGUAUCAAAAAACGGAGAUAUCCUGAGGAUUUAAACAAUGAGUGCUCAAAUUCUAACAUACCGUCACCGCCGACAAGAAUAUCAGAUUCUAAGCGAGGCCUCUCAACACAGAGCAUGGAUGUAGAAGACUAUGGGCCAAAUAACAGGAUAACCAUAUCCAGUCGCACAAAGCCCUCGCCAUCUGUGGACGACAGCAACACUUCCCCCACGGUAGCAAAAAGGACAGCACUCUCCAUCACAAGCACCAAAUCGGCUGAGUCCAGCCCUUCUGUAAAGAGAUCGGUCUUGAAUACCAUGUCAAUGCUAAAGCAAAAUGAGAACCCAGAACCUGAAAACCCAAAAUCUGAAAACCCAAAAUCAGCAGACGAGGCACUUAAAGCAUGGAACGCCGCAUUGCGUUCUGUUAGACUAUCGUACAAUUCAGCAAAAGACCUAAAAAAUCCUCAAAUUAGCAGUAACAAUGUAGCUAAUCAAAAUCUUCCUGCUGCUUCGAGCGUUGGCUCCUUACCUGAGGGUAGAAAUAAAGAAACAACAGUAGAGCAAGCUCAGGAAGCGUUGAUAUCGAAAGCAUCGGCGAUGGGCCAAGAUCAGCAACCUAUAUCUGAUGUAGAAUCUGAUUCUUUCACGGCGGAUGAAGUUAUGGAAUCAGGAUCUGCACCAGUCUCUAGAUUACGGACCGAGCCAAAUAUCAAAGUCGUUGUUCACGGAGAGGAAGUGACGACCGGCGAGCGUAUGUCGUCCCCCAGAGCCCACAUCCACGCAGUGAAGAUGCAAUCGUCAGAUGUUUCCGGUCUAACAGCGUCCUUAAAAGAAAAUGUCCGCCGCCAUGCGCUACCUGCUAAACCUCAGACAAUCGUAUCGCCCUAA